AAGUGAACCGCGGCUCGCCUCCGUCUCUUCCGGUGUGGCUUCGCGCGGCCCUGUCUCUUUUUCUCGAAGGAAAAAAAGAUUUCGGCCGGUGGAGCCUGGCUUGGCGCCCCAUUGCCCCACGAACCUGGCCAUCCCGCCUCAUUGUGAGCAGUGGGAGGAAUUUGAUGGAACUGCAAAGUCCCAGGGGUGCUAGAGUAGAGCAUCUCUUAUCAGCAACUGUGGCUGCUUCAGGAACGAAUUGAGGGAACUAUAAUCUCGAGACACACGGAUGGCAGUGCUGAGUACCAUGUGUGAUACAACUCUGGAAUGUUAAUUUCUCAUCCCUCGCCAGGAUGUCCCUAGUAAAUGGAAUCUAAGUCAUCCAGACUAAAGAGAAAUGAGUGGUCAUUUUCCACUUUUGAUGUAUAAAUUUCCCUGACGUGUCCUUGGAGUCACAGAAGAAUUUGGUCACGUAUUUUACCAUCAGAUGAAAAAGAUGGACAUUACUAGUUUGUCCUGUGAAAGUCUGCCUUCUGGUGACCAAAACUGCAGGCAAGGAGAAGAAACAGAGGGAGAAAGCAUGCUGGUUGAUUGCCUGAGAAAUUGUAAUAAGGAUAAGGCUGUGGAUUUUACUCAAGAGGAGUGGACAACCGAGGAUCCACCUCAGGACAGCAGAGCUAGCGACGUGGCAGUGGGGGAGGACACAAACCUGGACACUGUCGAAUUGGAAAACCAUGUACAGACCAAAGAUUUAGCACCAGAGCAGGAUUUUUUGACAAGACAUACCUACAUGGAGACACAGCAGGUGGAUGCAGUGACCUUUGAGGAUGUGGCUGUGGACUUUACCCAGGAAGAAUGGACUUCACUGGAUACAAUUCAGAGAAACCUCUACAGAGAUGUGAUGCUGGAGAACUACCAGAACCUCGCCACAGUAGGAGGUCAGAUGUUUAAACCCAGCCUGAUCUCUUGGUUGGAGCAGAAAGUGGAGCUGACAGUAAUGGAGCAAGGAAUUCUCCAAGAAUGGGAAAUGCACCUUAAGACAAAAAGGACAGCACUUCAGCAGCAUAGAUUUGGGUCACAUAUGUCAAAUGGGAUGCAACUGGGAAGAGAACACAGUGGAGGGGAGCUUGGUGACUCUAUUCAAGUUGGAACAGGUUUUAGUGAAGAUUCAUGCCCUCAGACUCACAUUAGUACUCCAAAUACAGAGAACACUUCAGUGUGUAAUUUAUAUGGAAAAGACUUUCUGCCACCCCUUAAAGAAACUUCGACUGAAGAGAACAUUUUCCAGGUGAACCAGUGUGUAAAACCUUUGACUUUGACUCCAGAUGUUUCCCAGAGAAAGUGCACUUUGGAAAAAUCCAUUGAAUGCAGUGACUGUGGGGAAACUUUUGUUCAUCAGUUAGAACUUCAGGCACAUAGUUCUUCUCAUAGUAAAAAGAGUCUCCACAAAUCAGAGGAGUGUGGACAAGCUUUUACUCAUCCUAUAAGCCAUGGUGGGCAUGUGAGUCCCACUGAAAAAAAAUACUAUGAAUGUAAGAAAUGUGAAAAAUUUUUUACACAUCCUGUGUACCUUAGUAUCCAUAUGCAAAGCCACACUGUGGAGAAGCCCUACGACUGUAAGGAAUGUGGGAAAGCCUUCACUGAGCGCUCCAGCUUAAUUGUUCAUCUACGACAACACACUCGAGAGAAGUCUUACGAGUGUAAGGAAUGCGGGAAAACCUUCAUUCAACCCUCACGCCUUACAGAACAUAUGAGAAGUCAUACGGGAGAGAAACCGUAUCAGUGUGACCAGUGUGGGAAUGCCUUUGCGUCUUCCUCUUACCUUACUACACAUUUGAGAACUCAUACUGGAGAGAAGCCCUUUGAGUGUAACAUAUGUGGGAAGGCAUUUACACGUUCCUCUUACUUGCUAGGCCACAUACGAACUCACACAGGUGAAAAGCCCUAUGAAUGUAAAGUAUGUGGGAAAGCAUUCAGUGGCCGUUCUUGGCUUACGAUACACUUACGAAAGCAUACUGGAGAGAGGCCCUAUCCAUGUACAGAAUGUGAGAAAGCUUUCACCAGCUUUGCUCAACUAACUGAACACAUAAAAACUCACACUGGCGAGAAGCCCUUCCGGUGUAAGGUAUGUGCAAGGACCUUUAGAAAUUCCUCAUGCCUUAAAACUCAUUUUCGAAUUCACACUGGAAUAAAACCAUACAAAUGUAAUUACUGUGGGAAAGACUUCACUGCACGUUCGGGCCUUACUAAGCAUGUAUUAAUUCACAAUGGUGAGAAGCCCUAUGAGUGUAAGGAAUGUGGGAAAGCCUUCAGUACAUCUUCUGGCCUUGUUGAACACAUAAGAAUUCAUACAGGAGAGAAGCCCUUUGAAUGUUAUCAGUGUGGGAAAGCCUUGGCUCAUUCCUCAUCUCUUGUUGGACAUUUAAGAACUCACACUGGAGAGAAACCCUUUGAGUGUAAUCAGUGUGACAAAACAUUCACACGAUCUUCUUAUCUUCGUAUUCAUAUGCGAACUCACACCGGAGAGAAACCAUAUGAAUGUAAAGAGUGUGGGAAAACGUUUCCUGAACGCUCAUGCCUUACUAAACACAUAAGAACGCAUACUGGUGAAAGGCCCUAUGAAUGUAAGGAGUGUGGGAAAGGCUUUAUCAGCUUUGCUCAACUUACUGUACACAUGAAAACUCACAGCUCUGAGAGACCUUUCCAAUGUAAGGUAUGCACAAAAUCCUUUAGAAACUCUUCAUCCCUUGAGACCCACUUCCGAAUUCACACUGGAGUAAAACCCUAUAAAUGCAGUUACUGCGGGAAAGACUUCACAGCACGUUCAGGCCUUACAAUACAUUUACGAAAUCACACUGGGGAGAAGUCCUAUGCAUGCCAAGAAUGUGGAAAAGCCUUUAGCACUUCCUCAGGCCUUAUUGCACAUAUAAGAAGUCACAAAGGAGAGAAACCCUUUGAAUGUGACCACUGUGGGAAAGCCUUUGCCUCUUCCUCUUAUCUUAAUGUGCAUUUGAAAAUUCACACUGGAGAAAAACCCUUUCAGUGUACAGUAUGUGGGAAGACAUUUACAUGUUCUUCCUACCUUCCUGUUCACAUGCGAACUCAUACUGGAGAGAAGCCUUUUCAGUGUAUAAUAUGUGGGAAGUCAUUUUUGUGGUCCUCAUACCUUCGAGUUCACAUGCGGAUUCACACUGGAGAGAAACCCUACGUAUGCCAGUACUGUGGGAAAGCCUUUACAGAGCACUCAGGCCUUAAUAAACAUUUGCGGAAGCACACAGGAGAGAAACCAUAUGAAUAUAAGGAAUGCGGGGAAGCCUUCACUACUUCUGCUGAUGCUAAUGAACAUGAAACUCCCCAUUGGGGGGAGAAUCUUUGAAUGUAAGGGAUUCAGAAAAUCAUUUGAUGAUCUUGAUCCAUCAUUGGCAAUGAAAAUUCAUAGUCUAUACAAGUCUUAUUAAUAAGCAAUGUAUAAAAACAUUCAGUUGCUAUAUGCUGUAAAAACUCAUUCUGAGGAUGCUCUGAAUUUAAGGAUUGUGGGAGAAAUCAAAAUUUCAUGAUAAUAUGUAUGAACUGAAGGUUUGUAAUAUAGGGAACGAAAACCUUUAGUGUUUCCAUGUGUGUUGAUGCAAGACAUGUAGAAAUGUCAUAGGUUUUGUUUGUUCACUUAUGGUCUCACAGUUGAGAAAUAUCUUACUGAGGUAUGGGAAGUAGUUUUUUACAUUUGAUAAUUAUGUGGUGUUUACAGACUGAACACAAGCUACAUUUGUGUAAUAGGGGAUUUGCUUCAGUGUCUUGGAUGGUAACACUUAGAUUUUCUGGGUGCUUCUAUAUGAAUUUUGAAUAUUUCUACAUUUAUGUAUUUUUAUGACUUCAAUUAUGAAUUUCUAAAUUCCAUUGUUGGUUUUCCUUUUUAAAAUAUUCCUGUUUGAUAUGAUUGAAACUAUUGUUUUUUACCUAGUAUCUGUUAUAUGUCCCAUGUCAGCAUUGUGAAGUAAUGGACACAAACUCCCAUCUCCUUAUUACUUGUUAGUGUAUUUGUUGUGUCAUGCCCCUAUUUUACAUAGUCUGUACCUCUCCUCCCUUUGUUGGUUUUUUGUUUGUUUGUUUGUUUGAGACAGUCUCAUUUUGUGGCCUAGGCUCCUAUGAAAGUCAUGUAGCCUAGACCGGUCCCUAGCUCUUGGCAGUACUGACCCAGCCUUCUGAGUGCAUAGAUUAUAGGUGCCAGCCACCAUACCUGGCUCUUUUUACUGUCUUAAGUAUUUACUUUACUAGCACUGAAAAAAAUCAUGUUCUACAACAGUGUUCAAGUGCUUCACACAAGUAGGUUUGGAUCUGACCAAUACAAUCCCUUACUCUGAGUUCCAAGUCUUUGGUGGCCAUUCCAUUCUCUGCUUGGAGUUCAGCUGUUGUUUAGGCUCUGCUUCUUAUAUCAUGUAGUAUCUGUAUUAACUCUACUUAGCUUUUUUAUUUUUGUGACAGGGUCUUGCUGUAGCUUAAACUGACGCCUCAAACUCGUAACCUUUUUGCCUCGUACUUUACUGCUAGAGUUAUAGGCAUGCGCCUCCAUGCCUAGCUGGUGUGUGUCAAUCUACGUGAUGUUCUCAAGGUCGAGCUGUGCUAUGGUCAGUUAUUUUAAGACAUUUAAUUAUCCUUUGUCUCUAUGGAUACUUAGUUUUCAUACCUUGCUUGUUAGGAGUAUUGCUGCAUUGAAUGUGAAUGUAGCUAUCUCUUUAAAUUCAUGACCUUAUGUUCUCAGAUACAAAUCCCCAAAGUGAGUUUUUUAUUGUAAUGGUAGAUAUGUCAGUGUUUAUGUAACAACUACCAAUUUAUAUUUCCAAUGAUGUACCUGGUCUCUUUAUUGCUUAUCUUUUUACUUUUUUCUUUCUAUAUGCCAUUUAAAAAUGUGAGAUGGUAUCUUCAGGUUUUUUUUUUUUCCCCCGAGACAGGGUUUCUCUGUAUAUCCCUGGCUGUCCUGGAGCUCUGUAGACCAGGCUGGCCUCAAACUCAGAAAUCCGCCUGCCUCUGCUUCCCUGAGUGCUGGGAUUACAGGCAUACACUACCACCGCCCGGCUGGUAUCUUCAGUUUUGAUUUGCAUUUUUCUAAUCUAUAGGCAAUUUGUAUAUUUUUGCUAAAAUACUGAUUUCAGUUAUCAAUUUUAAAAUCAAGAUAUAUGUAUUUUGCUGUGAAGUUAUUUGAGUUACUAUGUUUUUAGACAUAGACCCGUUGUAAUAUAUAUGGUUUAUAGAUUUUUUUUCAUCUGUGUACAUGCUUUUUCAGAUUUUUUUUUUGUAUUGCUUUUCAAAAUCUUUAGUUUGAUAUGGCCCUAAGUUUUUAUUUUUCUUUAUUUUUCUUUAGUGCCCAUGAUUUUUAUGUCAGCUCUGAAAUUCUUUGCCCGUGUGUCUGGAAGCAUUCUUGGUGUUUCAUUGUGUUAGAGUUUUAGAUUUUACUUUCAGGGUUUUGUUUGUGAUAACCUCACUAUGUAAUCCAGAAUAGUAUAGAACUCACUGUGUAGAGCAGGCUGGCCUUUAACAUGGAACAGUGUUUUUUCUCCAGGCCUCAUAAGUGCUGAGAUUUUUGGUUUGAGCCAGUCUAUCCAACUUAACUAUAUUUCUUUUACUGUUAUUUACUUAAUUAUAUUUCCUUUUUUUAAAAAACCCCUGAGUUUAUAUAUGUGUGUAUGUAUACUGUGUCUGUUUCUGUAUACUGUUAUUGGAUUUUUGGUUUGAACCAGCCUAUCCAACUUAACAAUAUUUCUUUUACUAUUAUUUAAUUAAUUAUAUUUCCUUUUUUAAAAAAAACCCUGAGUUUAUAUAUGUAUGUAUGUAUACUGUGUCUGUUUCUGUAUACUGUUAUUGUUUCUGUUUUGGUGCUAGGAAUUGAAUUUGUGGCCUCUGGCAGGUGCUCUACCAUCAAGCUAUAGUUCUAAAUUCACUGUGGAAAUUAUGUGGACUGUAUAAGGGGCUUUCUUGUUCCUUUUGUUUGUUUUUGGGAUAAUCUCUAUAGAUCUGGCUGGCCUAGAGUCUGCUAUGUAGAUCAGGUUAGCUCGAAACUCACAGAGAUCUUCUUGUUUGCCUCCCAGAGUACUGGAAUUAAAGUUAUGUGUCCUAUGCCUAGCAA